CUGAACCCCAUCUUUCUUAUUUAAUGGGUGUAAUUCUCCUAUUGCCCCUCUAUAGCUACAGACCCUUUGUCUUUAUCCUUCUUUCAGCACAUUUUUGGUCUUAAAUUUAUAAAUCAUAAUUUACUUUACUUGGCGGUGUCGUCUUUUCGUUUUAAAUAGCAUUUUAUUCCAGAAAUUAUGGAAGAAGAUAAAGUUACCAUCAAAGAUGAAAUCUGUACAGUAGAGGAUUCUAUUAAAGUUGUGAUUGAAGAUAAAGAGGAAAGUUCAGAAAAUCGAGGUGAAAUUGUCAAGAUUGAAGUGUAUCCGAGUAUUUCUAAGUAUAAACAAGUUUAUCCAUGUAAUAAGUGUGAGUACUCUGCCAGUACUUCAGGAAAUCUUAAGAUUCAUGUUGAAAAUAAACAUGAAGGAGUGAGAUAUCCUUGUUCUCAUUGUGAAUACGCUGCUACUGUUCAAAGUAAUUUAAGGAGACAUAUUUUAAUCAAACAUAGUAGGAUAAAGAAUGAACAUAUUCCUGUGUGAUGUCGCCUCUGUCUAAAAAGGCUAUCUAAGACAACAUAUUAGAAAUAACCAUAAUGGAUGAAGAUAUCACUGUGACUAGUGUAAAUACGCUGCCGUCCAAUCCUGUCAUCUAAACACACAUGAAAAAAGAAACAGACUGAUCAAAAAGUGGUCUGCACUGUAAACUUCAAAUUUUAUAAGUCUCAUUAAUUUUGAUUAUCCAUUUAAAGUGUUAAUAAUAAUCAAUGAUAUUAACAGAUAUUAGCCUGCGGUUUUUUAACAGAUGUCAAAUUCC